GAAGAGCAUGGGUCACCAACUUUUGAGCUUAAACGGUUGCUCAAUUUCCUUGUCACUUUCCAGUGCCAGUGCCAGUGCCAGUCAAAAGAGCAUUUUGGUAAUACAUCCGACAAAAGUUAACCCUUCUGUCCCUGCUCCAAAUUCUUUCCUUUAAACCAUUCGUGUGUGUCCAAACCCCAAUUCAGCCUCACCUUACCUGCAUUCUCGUAUAUACCCACUAUUUUCCCUGCCCAUAAUUUCAUCCUCACUUCUUCUAUCUAUUUAUAUACUCUUCAUACCUUCUUGCCUCCCCUCAAACCCUAGCUACUCUCUUCCAGUUCUCUUUUGUAUCUAUAACUACUCUCUUUCACUUAAUUCCCAGUUACCAGCUGCUUUUUUCUGUUGCAAGAUUCUUGUUCUUGCUUAUUCCAACUUCUCUUUUGAAAAAUGAAGGGUUGUUAUCUCCAUUAGCUGGAGCCUGAAAGUUGCUGAUCAGCUUUCGGAUCUCAGUCCUUUGAGCUUGUAAUCAAAGUGUGGUCAGCUGAAAUGGCGAAGAAAGGAUUGAAAAGAUACGAAAUGAUUAUGGACUUUAUGUUCCUGUUUCUGUUCAUCAUCAACUUGUCCGCAUGCAGAGGGUCUGAAGUUGAAUUUGAGCUGCUCUUGUCCAUGAAAGCUUCAAUAAAUGAUCAUUCUCAUGCCCUCAGCAACUGGAACUCAUCUGUUUCUUUCUGCAAAUGGAAUGGAAUCACCUGUUUCGGCUCGUCCCACGUGUCGAAAAUCGAGCUCCCCGGCAAGAACUUGUCUGGAAGAAUUCCGGAAUCCAUUUUCAGAUUGCCGAAUAUCCAGUCCAUUGAUCUAUCCAGCAAUCAGUUGUCUGAUGAAAUUCCUCGGAACUUAUCAUCUUGUUUUUCUCUCAGAUAUCUCAACCUGAGCAGCAAUAACUUGACUGGGCUGAUCCCCAGCGCCCACCUUCCAGUUCUUGAAACGCUGGAUUUAUCAAAUAAUAUGCUCUCAGGAGAAAUCCCAGAAGAUAUUGGACUGUUUUCAGGCCUCAAAGUUCUUGAUUUUGGGGGCAACGUUCUAUCCGGAAGAAUUCCAGACUCAGUAACAAAUAUGACAAUGUUGGAAUUCUUGACCUUGGCAUCAAACCAAUUGACUGGUGAAAUUCCAAGAAAAUUAGGCCUGAUGAAGAGUUUGCGGUGGAUAUAUCUGGGAUACAACAACUUCUCAGGCGAGAUUCCAAAGGAGAUUGGUGAAUUAACAGCUUUGAAACAUCUUGAUCUGGUUUACAACAAUCUCACAGGUGAAAUCCCUUCAUCUUUAGGCAAUCUCAUGAAUCUUGAGUACCUUUUUCUCUACUUCAAUAAGCUCACUGGUCCCAUUCCAAAACCCAUUUUCAAUCUCAAGAAAUUGGUAUCACUCGAUUUAAGUGAUAAUUCCUUGUCGGGUGAAAUUCCUGAACUGUUCUCACAGCUGCAGAAUUUGGAAAUUCUCCACUUAUUCUCCAACAAUUUCUCAGGAAAAAUCCCAAAUGCUUUAUCUUCUUUGCCUCACCUGCAAGUCCUUCAACUGUGGUCUAAUAGAUUAUCAGGUGAAAUUCCUAGAGAUCUUGGCAAGUAUAAUAACCUCACUGUAUUAGACCUUUCCACCAAUAAUCUCACCGGAAAAAUCCCAGAAAAUCUUUGUGCAUCAGGCCGUUUAUUUAAGCUCAUCCUCUUCUCAAAUUCCCUGGAAGGUGAAAUUCCAAAGAGUUUGAGCCUCUGCAAGAGCUUACAGCGCGUUCGACUUCAGAAAAACAGGCUCUCUGGUGAACUUUCACCAGAAUUCACAACGCUGCCGGUGGUUUACUUUCUUGAUAUCUCAAGCAACAAUCUAUCUGGCAGGAUUGACGACAACAAAUGGGAUAUGCCACAACUUCAAAUGCUGAAUUUGGCGAGCAACAGCUUCUUUGGGCCGGUUCCAGGUUCUUUCGGCAGCAAGAAGGUGGAAAACUUGGACUUAUCCGGGAACAAUUUUUCAGGCAACAUCCCACAAAGCUUUGGGGAAUUAUCAGAGCUAAUGGAACUGAAACUAAGUGAGAAUGAACUCUCAGGCCAAAUUCCUGAUCAAUUAUCUUACUGCAAGAAGCUUGUGACUCUGGACCUCAGCCAUAAUCAUCUCACGGGAGAAAUUCCCACCAGUAUCUCUGCCAUGCCAGUUCUUGGUCAGCUUGAUUUGUCUGUCAAUGAACUGACAGGAACAAUUCCAGCAAAUUUAGGGAAUGUAGAAUCACUUGUUCAAGUUAAUAUUUCCCACAACCACUUUCAUGGCAGCUUGCCCUCCACAGGGGCAUUUCUUGCCAUCAAUUCCAGCGCCGUGACUGGUAAUAAGCUCUGUGGUGGUGAGAAGACAAGCGGUUUACCACCAUGCGAUGGGGUUAAAAACCACGCUCGUUGGUUCGUGUUAAUCUUUUUUCUUGCCUUCUUGAUGAUGUUCGCGAUUAUCGUUUCCUUUUCCAUUUUCGUCAGGCAAAGGAAAGGAUCGGAAUUGAUGAAGAGGGUGGAAAGUAAUCAAGAUGGCACUUGGGAACUGCAGUUCCUGAAUUCAAGAGCUUCAAAAUCGAUAAGGAUAAAGGAUAUCAUCUCAUCCUUGAGAGAAGAAAAUCUCGUGGCAAGUGGAAAAACAGGUUUGUCGUACAAAGGCAAAUCCGCCUCAAACAACAAGCAAUUCUUGGCCAAAAAAAUAGCUUCAAUUUCAACAGGCUAUUGGAUGGACUGGACUCAACUCUAUAAAGUUAACCAUCCAAAUAUUGUGAAGCUGCUCGCAACGUGUAGAUCAGGAAAGGCUGCCGUUUUGGUGUAUGAGUACAUUGAAGGGAAGCAUUUGAGUGAAGUUAUUCAAGGCCUGAGCUGGGAACGUCGGCUUAAAGUUGCUGUUGGAAUUGCCAGAGCCCUUAAGUACUUGCAUUGUUAUUGUUCACCUAGUAUCAUAGUUGGCGACAUCACUCCUCAGAAAAUCAUGGUAGAUGAAAAGGAUGAAGCCCAUUUGAGAUUAAGUCUACCUGGGAUUGAUUAUCUUAAUUCAGACAGCAAGUGUUUCAACUCCUCUGCCUAUGUUGCUCCAGAAGCUGCAGAAACCAAAGGAUCAUCCAAGGGCUUGACGACAGAAAAGAGCGACAUAUAUGGAUUCGGGCUUCUCCUGAUUGAACUCCUGACGGGGAAAUCUGCGGCGGAUCCAGAGCUGGGGAUCCAUGGAAGCGUUGUAGAGUGGGCGAGAUACUGCUACUCAGAUUGCCAUCUUGAGAUGUGGGUUGAUACAGCAUUAAUCAAUAAUAAUAAUAAAGUAGUGAACCAGAUUGUUGAGACCAUGAAUCUUGGGCUGCAAUGCACCGCGGGGAAUCCAGCAGCCAGGCCAUGCGCGAUCGACAUAGUGAAGAGUUUAGAGUCAGUUGUGAGAUCGGGUUCUUGUGUUUCUUCAGGGUUAAAGCUUUUCUCUGUUGGUCUGUAAUAGCCUUUCCUUUUUGUUUUGGCCCCAGACUCCAUAUGCCUUUUUCUUGGACUCCAUAUGCCUUUUCUCUCUCUCCCUUUGUCUCUCUAUGGCAUAAGGUUAAGAAAGUGAUGGUUAAUGCGUCUUUUGGUUGAUGUUGUUUGUAA